AUGUCUGUCAAUAAGGAAACAAUUGCCAGAAUUAGGACCCAAUUCCUGGAAACGGUAGUUAAGACCAGUGAUGGUGACUGUGAUGACGGCUGCUAUCACUCGGCCGACUUGGAUAGGAUCCGAUCGGACGACUGGACAGUUGAACGAUAUUUGUUGACCACUAAGUCGGAAGACGAAGCCGUAAAAGCCAUUCAGCGGACAAUGCGUUGGCGUAAGUCGUUUGGUUUAAACGAUUUCCGUGACCAGCGAUUUCCGUCGGAAAUGUGGUCAACUGGUCUAGUAGUUAGGUAUUGCCGAGACCGGGCUGAUCGCCCGGUUGUUUAUGUCCAGAAUAGCCGCUACCGUAAGUGCGGACCCGAUUGGCUUCAGCGGUUCAAAGAGUUUAUUGUCUGGCAAUACGAAUCGGCCGAUCGUGAGGCGGGAGCCGCGGGUUGGGGUCUGAUAAACGAUGCUAACGGUGCCGGACUAGCCAAUGUCGACAUAGAGUUGUCCCGAUUUAUGAUCGAUGUAUUAAAACAUUACUAUCCCGGGGGACCCCGCUAUUUGUUGGCCGUAGAUUUGCCGUGGAUUUUGAAAGCAACGGCUCAGCUGAUCGUAUCGUUUAUGAACGAUUCGCUGAGGAGUAUCUAUCGGGCCAUCAAAUCGGCUGAUCUGAGGGAAUAUCUGAGUCCCGAAUGGAUACCAAUUCAUUUGGGCGGUCUGUAUAGUGGACCACCACUAGGGUCGGUAAUACCAGAUAAUGUAUUACAGAUGACUGACCAGUCAAUGAGUGGCCAGUUUACCGACGAUCAGAUUAGAAAGUUUUAUGCGGUCUAUAAAUCGGAGCUAAAAUAA